UUGCUUAUAGGUGCUACACCUGGCCGGCGCACGCUGGCUGUUGCAGUGAUUGGCAAGAUUUCGUUGCGAUUAUAAAAGUCCAUCGAGUAGCAACCGGCGGUCUCAUUCCGGUCCGGUCCCGGUCACGGAUCACAACCUGCUAUAGUCUGGUGAAUUCUCGGUGUCUAAGGUGGUCCAUCAUUUACUCGGGUGAUAUGAGUGUGCUAGUGCCAUUUGCGGUGGAAAAGUGUCCCUCGGCUAAUUGGAACUGAUUGGAAUUUCAAAUGUGGUUCCCGGUGUCGACGAGGACGGCGGUGGCGGCAGCGGCGGCCCUUUGGGUCCUACUGAUGGAUACGGUGGUGGACGUCCACGCGGCUAGUUCCAGUGCCGAGGACGCUGCCCUCGAAGUGACUUUUAGCGAGCGGACCCGGGCCGAUUGGGAAAAAGUUUGGCACCAGGAGAGCCAUUCCCGCUGCCGGGAUAAGCUCAUUCGGCACCUGUACUGGGCUUGCGAGAAGGAUAUCUAUCGGAUUUCACGGAGGAACAAUGACUACGGGAGCGGUGGAAGCGGUGCAGUGGGGAAGCGUGCUAAUGCACUACCCUUUCUGGCGCGGUGGACUAUAAGUAAGGAGCAGGCGCAGAGCUUUCUGCGCACUCGUCGCACCGGGAAGCGCCGUUCGGGUGGUUCGAUAACGGCCGAGUGCUGCACGCGCGUUGGCUGCACGUGGGAAGAGUACGCCGAGUACUGCCCGUCGAACAAGCGGAUCAACCGCUAUCGGAAGUAGACGCGAUAUGUUGGUUGGAGCGUAAGCAGAUGAGGAAGUAAGCGGACUGGGGGCCUCGCACUUCAUGCAUAGUUGAUAGCAUAAGGGAUGAGAAGGAUACGGGUUUCGGAUAGCGUCAUUGAAGGUGUGUUGCGC